UUUGCCAUUCCUAACGCUCGAAUUGUGCAACCCGGAAAAUUGUCAAAAUUUUCAGAGUUUCCCAUUAAAUUACACACUCCGGACACACAAACAAGGAAAACUGUCCUGCAGCACUUACCAGUCGUUCACCUAUCGAGGCGAAACACACGGUUUGGAUUAAUUCGCGCCGCAACGCGAUUAAUUAAACUGACUCGAUCCGAACAUACGAAGGAGUUGAAAACAAAUGCAAAUCACACACAGGGUUUUCCGUUGUUUAGAAUGAAUUGAUUUUCCUGGCAACUACAUAACGACAGCUCGGAAAAAGGGAAAAACAAACAAGCCGGAAAGUUGCCCUUAGCAGCAGGCAAAGAGCAACAAGUCCACACAGACACACACAUCACAUUACCCCCUACAAACAUCAGUUUAGUUUUCACUUCGGUUGGUAGAAAAAAUGUUGCUUCAAAAGAUUUUCACCCGCGCUUUGCACUCCACCCGGCAGCUUUACGCCGGAGCCAGUGGCACCGGAGGUCUGGAGAAGAGUGCUCUGGCGGCCCUGAGGAAGAAGACCGGCUACACCUUCGCCAACUGCAAGAAGGCACUGGAAAAGCACAACAACGAUGUCGGAUUGGCUGAAAAGUGGCUGCAUGAGCAGGCCCAGACGCUCGGCUGGUCAAAGGCCACCAAAGUCGCAGAUCGAGCCACCGCCCAGGGUCUGAUUGGAGUCCUCAUCCGCGGCAACCGCGGAGCCAUGGUCGAACUCAACUGCGAGACGGAUUUCGUGGCCAGGAACGACACCUUCAAGCGGUUCGUGGAUCACGUUGCCUGCAUGUGUCUGCACUACACGGACUUGACGGACUUCGAUGGAGAUCUGUGGAAGCUUGGCUUCGAUGCGGACGCCCUGAGGAACUUGCGAACGGAGGAGGGCCGCACACUGGGCGACCACCUGGCCUUGUUGAUCGGCGCCCUCGGCGAGAAUGCCACCAUACGGCGUGCCCUGUGCUUUAAGGUCAACAACGAUCUGAAACUAGUUGGCUACGCCCACCCGGCACCCACCAACGUGGGCACCACUGAGGGCAUCACCCAGGUGGGCAAAUACGGAGCAAUCGUGGCCUACCGAUCGACUCAUAAGCUGCUGGACUUUGAAUUCCACAAGAGCAUCUGCCAGCAGAUCGUGGGCAUGAAGCCGUCCAAGAUUGGGGAGUACGACAAGGACAAGCCGGCGGAGAACAAGGACGAGGAGACGUGCCUGAUCCACCAGGAAUAUCUGCUGGAUGCGGAUAAGACGGUGGGCGAGGCAUUGCAGGAUCACAACUGCGAGGUCGUGGACUACCAUCGCUUCGAGUGCGGAGAGCAGACGGAACGCAGCCUGGAGGCGAUCAUUCGCUCCCAGCACCAGAGCAGCAAUUAACUAGCCCCUAAGCAGACUCUAGAUCACUAAAUUGUUAUAUGCACCAGCCGAAGAUUGUUAAACCUUAAAUUCUGGACAGUUCUGGUCAAAAUUUGCAUGUGGAAGAAGUAAACCAAACACGACGAUCAGA